CAGGGAAGGAAUGAAAGAAAGCAAUUCCUCUCCGUGUUCCUUUACCAUGCCCAGUCAGUGGUACUGGCUCUUUUCCCUUUUCUCACUCUCUUGCAUCAUGGAAAUUCGCCCUUCGCUUGUGCCUCGUUUCCCGUCUUCUUUCUCGAUCCCUUUAGGAGUGGGAACGAACGUGCUGCCCUUAUUCUUCGCUCUCUCUCUCUCUCUCUCUCUUUUUCUUUCUUUUUUUCUCUCUCUCUCUCUCACUCCUUGCUCCUGACUUGUUUCAUUUCUUCAGUCCGAACACAUUUCUUGCCUUGAAUGGAGCAAGGCACCAAAAACGAAGUGGAACACUGUCAAAACUUGGUGUGAGCUUGGUGAAACGAAACUCACCAUCACCUCGACAACGUGCAAUUCAUAGAAUACAAUCCUGUUCCAAUUAAUUCAGACACACCUUCAGUUCAACAGAAGCAGAAAAAGAGUCCAGUCAAGACAGUUCAAGAAAGACACAAGCCAUAUGCUGUUGUUGACAAAGGUGCCAUUUGAUGCUUUAAGCCUCAUGAAGGAUCAAAAGUCGUUCCUCUUCUGAAUGGAGUACAAGCUAAGGCUGACUACGAUUUCUAUCAAAGGAGCACGACAAGACAAGAUUGUACUUCAAGAUUGGAUGGCGACAACCUGGACGGAGCAAAGUGAUUUGAUAAGCAUCAAAGUGCGUCAACAUGUGAGAAAACAGCUCCAGAGAGAAUAUUCGUGUGUCACACUCCAUGGAAGAUGGUGAUGUUGGCUAGAAAACGAUAGUGAUGAAAGCUCAUGCUAGUGGCAGUAUUGAUCAAAAGAUCCAGAUACCCUGGAACAUGCGGGUUUCAAAAGCUACCACCGAGCUCCCGUCCACAUUCAGAUUGUUCCUCAAGAGCCGUGAGCCCAUCUAAACCAUGACCAACACACCCAGGUUCAUUCGUCAACCCUUUCCCCAGAGCAAACCCGCUUGAGACACGCCCUCUAGUUCGAAUUAACACACUUUACCUCAGGCCCCCUUGCCCUCAGGGAGCCUAGGUCCACCCUGUGGUCUGGUCCAUUGAUGCUCUACCCCAGCGCGUGUGUUCGUCUUCCUCCUCCUCUUUUUCUGCUUCUUGGUCAUCAUCACCGUCGUCAUCAUCAUCAUCAUCAUCAUCAUCAUCAUCAUCAUCAUCAUCAUCAUCAUCUUUACCAUCAUCGCCUGGACGGUCUUUUUGGACCUCUUAGGAGUGGUAUCUACUGCUCACCUCUCCUAAGCUGCCAAAAUGCUGGACAUCUUCCGUGGACUCAAGAACCUGAUCAAGGUCAGCCAUGUCCACAUCGACAGCACCAUCUUCCGCCUCCACUACACCUUCACUGUGAUGUGCCUGUUGGCAUUCUCCCUAAUUGUGACCACACGCCAGUAUGUGGGAAAUCCCAUUGAUUGUGUUCACACCAAAGAUAUCCCCGAGGAUGUGCUCAAUACGUACUGCUGGAUCCACUCCACCUACACAAUUCCCAGUGCCUUCUGGAAGCGGAUAGGUAUCGACGUGGCUCAUCCGGGCAUUGACAAGACAGUCGAUCCCGAAGAGCGCCGAUACGUCAAGUAUUACCAGUGGGUGUGCUUCUGUCUAUUCUUUCAGGCAAUCCUAUUUUACAUUCCCAGAUGGCUAUGGAAGAAUUGGGAGGCGGGGAAAAUCCAGGCCUUAAUGAUGGACCUUGAUUUGGGGAUUAUCUCGGAGGUGGAAAAACGUCAGAAAAAGAAGCUUCUCCUAGAUUACUUAUAUUCCAAUCUCAAGAACCACAACUUCUGGGCUUACAGAUAUUUCUUCUGUGAACUUCUGGCUCUUAUCAACGUCAUAGGACAAAUGUUCCUCUUGGAUCGGUUCUUUGAUGGAACUUUCCUCACAUUCGGAAUUGAGGUCAUGUCAUUUGCGGAUCGAGAUCAGGAGGAUCGCAUCGACCCCAUGGUCUAUAUUUUCCCGAGGAUGACCAAGUGCACGUUCCACAAAUUCGGAACCUCGGGGGAGAUCGAGAAGCACGACGCUCUUUGCAUUUUGCCUUUGAACAUAUUUAACGAGAAAAUCUACAUUUUCUUGUGGUUCUGGAUGCUCUCAUUGGGAGCACUCACGUUCUUGGUUGUGGUCUAUCGGGUGUUAAUCAUCUUUUCCGGCGGCUUCCGCUCCUACCUGCUCAAGAUUCGCUAUCGCCGAGUCAAGAACGAGUGCAUUGAAAUCAUCAUGGACAAAACCGUGGUAGGCGAUUGGUUCUUGCUCUAUCUCUUGGGGCAAAAUGUGGACCCCGUCAUAUUCAAGGAUGUGUUGCACGAGUUGGCCAAGAAGCUGGGAUAUCGGAGUAAAGACAUGAUCGAUACCUGAGAUGAGUAAAGCCAAUUCUCCAACCUAUGGAGGAUUGGCUUCCAAUCACCGCUGAGCAUCUCCUCAUGUCCUGAAGACUGCUCCAAAGCCGAUUGCAUGACGUCUACGUUGGCUACAUAUUGAGGUUCACGACGACUCCUAAGUUGUUGUUCCACUACUGCUGCUGCUGCUGCUGAUCAGCAACGAUGAACUGAGCACAUCUCAUAAAUCACUUUAUACGCUAAUACCAAGCAACGCCCGCAAAAACGGAAACUGAGGUUGUUACCGUGAAAAACUGCCAAAGACGUCCAUUUCAAAACCAACCCCCGCUAACAAUCCCUCUUGAUCUCGGGCUGCCUAGCCAGCCACAAUCCUCAUUCAGGCAGGCCUCUGUGCUCGAGUGUGUGGCGACUGCUAUGCUCUCUCUCUCGGUCUCUCUUCACUCCUCACUCAACAAUGCUUUGAACAGAAGAAACGAAGGCCUGAUCUUGCCGGUGCUGCACUAUAGAUAAGAAAAACGUCCUCAAACCAUUGUCAGCCUUCAGCCUCCGUUCAUUUUUUCUAUUAACGAAUCUCUUUUCAUUCUCCUUGUUUCAUUAUUCGAUUGUUGUGCAUCUACCGGGUAACUGCGUGCCCGUAGUCUUUUGACCACCUACUUCUUGUGGAGAUUGGGUUACAGGAUUAAUAACCUCGACCGUACACGAUUUCUCAAAGUUAAACUCAAAAUCUACCUUCAAAAAAUGUUCCCUCUCUUCGCCGUGGAACCCAAAUUUAAAUUCAAAUGGAAUAAAUACGAGACUCAUUUUCGUUUGGCCCCCAAGUAAGACCAGUUACUACGCACUUCAAGCCGCGAAACACGUUGUCCUUUUGGGGCAUUUUUUGUUCCUGAUCCGACGUGUCCUUUCAUUGAGCUAUUAAUAGCAACUUGAAGACAAAACGAAUCCGGUCUUGCUUCUUCUGGGACGUGAUUGUAAAUAAGAAAAGUAUUAAGUCAAAUCAUAAAACAACGAAUUACUUCCAACCCCCCUGGACAAGUUCAAUUUCCACGACAAUUGAAAACCUUUUUUGAUCCACAAGUUGAAAUUUCACAAUCAUCGUUAUCAUUCUCAAAUUUACAGACAAUUCUUUCCUUGGCGAAUGAUUUCCUUCAACCGUUCAUUGGACCUCAAAGUCGACAACCAGAACAAUUAAUAAGAAUAAUAAUGCCCUCCAACUGUGAUAUUAUCGAGAUUUUUAAAGAUUUAAGAAACUUGUCAUCAGUUUCAUUCUCUUGAAAAGAGGACUAGGACUAGGAGUAUGAUUAAAUACGAUAAUUAGCGACUUCUGCUAAUGACUUUGAUUUUGUUCUUUAUUACCCUUUUAUUCGCCAUUGCCAUGAUUAGAGCCAUUCAUGAGAACAUACGUGAACAAUUUGCUUUAUGAUCCAGACCAGUGCACAUUUUGGACCAGGAAUCCCUCAGCCAAAAGAGAUUGAAUUGACAAAUCAUCCAUCCCACCUCGAACCACCCCGAAUAUUCAAACCAUCAUGUUUUGCAGAGGUACUACAUGCUGUACAUGUAGUAUGAAUGCACAGUUUGUGUGAUUCGAGAAAGAGAGAGAGAGAAACUAUUUGACCUUUCAAGCUGCCGUGUCCUUGUGUGUUAGCUACUAAUGUAAUGUUGAACGGUGCUGCUGUUAUCGUGUCAUCAUCACUAUUAUAUGCCAAUAAUUCAUUCAAUUGUCAUUGAGAUCUGAAGAUGAAAUAAUGAGAAGAAAGCCUACCACUAGAAUCUAAUUUCCAAUUAAACGCAAUAAAACACAGAAACAGGUUA